AUGGGAGACUCGCGAGAGGCAAAGCUUCAGGCAGGCGAUUUCGACCACAUUCCCAUCAUCGAUCUCUCGACCCUGAACAGCUCCCAUCUUGACGAGCGCAAGAAGUUGGCUCAGCACAUAUACCAUGCCUGCACGCAAGUCGGGUUCUUUUAUAUCAAAAAUCAUGGGAUACCAGAGGAUCUUAUAACCGCCAGCCACACUGCGGCCCAUGAAUUCUUCUCUCUCACAGAGGAGCAGAAAAUGAAGUACUAUAUGGGGCAGUCCAAGAUAGUAACCCAUGGCCAGAAAUACCGCGGUUUCACUCCCUUUUAUGCUGAGAAAAGCACUGGAACAUAUUCCGACAACCUCGCCGAGAAAACCUUAGCCGGGACACUCUCCGAAGCUUUCAAUAUCGGAUACGAAAUUGGAGGAGAUUCUCAAAGAUCCGUGGAUGAUAUGCUCCCCCCAGAUAUCUAUGGCUUGUACGGGGAUAACCAGUGGCCAGGGGACGACAUCCUCCCUGGCUUUCGGGAGACAUUCCUGCAGUGGUUUGCCCAGGGGUUGAACCUUUGUCGAGCGUUGAUGAGAAUAUUUGCGCUGGCAGUAGGGGAGGAAGAGCAUUUCUUCGAUUCAAAAAUGAAGUACCCGGGCGCGCAGUCGAGGAUGAUGCAUUAUCCUCCUCAGCCUGUAGUUGGAGAAGUGCAAGAGGGGGUCGGAUCGCAUACCGAUUAUGGAUGCCUCACUAUUCUAUCCCAGGACUCGGUCCCAGCUCUCGAGGUCCUUAACCGUCGGGGUGAAUGGGUCGUUGCACCGCCAAUUCCCGGGACGUUGGUUGUGAAUAUUGCUGAUUGCUUGGCCAUUUGGACGAAUGAAACGUUCAGGUCGACCUCCCACCGCGUGACCAAUCUGACUGGGAAAGAACGAUAUUCAAUCCCAUUCUUCUUCAGUGUUGACCCUGAUAUUACGGUGUCGGUCUUGGAAUCCUGUCUUUCGGAUGAAAAGCCUGCCUGCCGAGAGCCAUUCAAGGCAGGUGAAUUUAUUCGUCAGCGAAUGUCAAAGGCGUACACUAGAUAUGGACAGGACCCUCCCGCAAAACCAGUCCAUUGA